GUUGUAGCUAGGAAAAGCAAUAAGCAACGAGAGAGAGAGAAACAGAGAUCAUCAGAAAUGGCAGACUUACCAAAGUUUUUUGCCCUUAAGUCAGUCAGGAACCAGAAAUACGUGGUCCUCAAAGACCAAUCCACCGCAGAGCUGCCAAAUAGGCUCGAAGCCUCCGGAGAGGAAAGUCACAGCAAAUACGCAAGGUUCAAAGUGGAGAAGGACGUAAACCAACCCAGUCUGGUGCAUAUAAAAAGCACGUACAAUGACAAAUACUUGAGAACGGCAGGCCAAGACAGUCCGUGGAUUGUAGCCGACGCUGACGAGAAACAGCCAAAUAAAAACCUGUGGUCAUGUACACUCUUCAAGCCUGUGGUUUUGCAAAAACCGGCACCAUAUGUCGACGGCAUAUACCAGUUCGUCCACGUGCAAUUGGGAAACCUUACAGAGCCAAAAUCUGGAGCCAACUUCGAUGAUGCCCUCGCUGCCGAUAGUGAAAAACCCAUCAAUACCCCUGCCUUCAUUGUCGAAAAACUUCCAGGAUGAUUAUCCUGUUAACUUAAUUUGAUGUUUGUGGGUAGCGUCACUGGAAACCCUCACGAGACUUCAUUCGUCCUAUCAGGGUCACCUAUAGGUUUAAAAGGCUUGUUGCAUAUGCUAAAUGCAAUCGCGUUUCCUGCGAAAGUGGCAUUUUCUUAAGUUUUCCUUAUGUUGUGAUUUGGGUUUCAAUAAUAUUGCAUCCAGCUGCUGCUCAUGCAUUAAUUUAUGUAACCUAGCUAAGACUAUCUGUGGGAAUCAAAGUAGUGCUUCUUUCGUUUUA